UAAAGUUGAAAAAUUUAUUCUCUUUUGAUUUUUUUUUUUUUCAUCUUCUUCUGACAUUAUCUUCAUUUGUUUUCUAAUCAUCGUUAAUAAUAAAAAGAACUUGAAUAAAUUAUGAUCAUCUAUUACAUUCUGUGUUUCCGUGUGUUCCAUCAUCAUGUCACCUUGUCUUCUGACAAAAAUGUGCCCAUCAUCAUUUCGGAUUAAAAAUUGUGUAUGGAUUAAUUAAGCUGUUGAAAUCUAUUUUCUUUUUUUGUUUUAUUCCUUUUUUCUUUUCACUCUUUUUUUUUGUUCUCUUUUCUCUCUUCAAUAAUAUUCUAUUCUCUCUCUUUAUUGAUAAAUAAAUAUCUACUUUGAUUCUGUUUUCUAAUUUAUACAAUCAUCAUACACACACACACACACAAUUCAUACACUUACCUGUGUAUAUGUGAAUGUGUGUACACUGAAUCAUGCCAUGGAUAAUUGUGUUUCUCACCUUGAUAGAAUUUUCUUCAGCCAAACUGGCUUCCAUUGGAAUUUAUUGGAAUGCCUCUAAUCCCAUUUUCAGGAUUGACAACACUGAUCACAUAAUAGAUGUAAAUAGAGGAAAUAAUCCUUUUGAAUAUGAUCAGGUUAACAUUAUUUGUCCAACCUACACCGAAGGAUCAAAAGAAGAAGCUGAAACCUACAUCAUUUAUAACGUUUCAAAGGAGGAAUAUGAUACUUGUCGGAUAACCAACAGUAAUCCUCGGAUAAUCGCCAUUUGUGAUAAUCCAUUACAGUUAAAAUAUUUCACGAUAACUUUCAGAUCGUUUACACCUCAACCCGGUGGAUUAGAGUUUAAACCCGGUAAAGAUUAUUAUUUUGUGACCACAUCGACCGGUAAACGUGAAGGUCUUGACCGUAGGUUCGGAGGUCGAUGUUCAACCCAUCAUAUGAAAGUUAUUUUCAAAGUUUGCUGUUCAGAUAGUAUCACCAGCGAUAAUAAUAACACCAGUGGUAAUAAUAAUAAUAAUAAUAAAACUUCAUCUAAUCAUCAAUUGUCCAUAGAAUCAUCAUCACAAUCAACAAUCGUUUCAUCAACGAUAUCAACAACAACACAUUUUCCACCUCAUCAUGUAACAUCUCCAUCACAUCUCAUCAGUACAUUAUCACCAUCUUCAUCUUCAUCAUCAUCAUACCAAAGUUUGAAUAAGGAGCCACUUUUCAACGAUUGGACCAGUUUACUUGGAUCUUUCAGUGAUAAUAGUAAUACAUUAACUGGAGGAAUUGUCAGUUCCUCAUUAACAUCAACAACAACAUCAACAUCAGUGCCAGUGCCAGUGCCAGUUACAUCUUUACCUUCAUUUUUUUCAUCAACCCUUUUUCCACCUUAUCCUCCACCCUCAUCAUCCUCAUCCUCUUCCCAUCCAGUAGCUUCUUCAACCAUACCCGCUGCCUCUGAACACUGGUGGAAACCUCAUUUCACCCGAAUAGAGAACCUUAAAUGGCGAUCCAAAAGUCCAGGCAAUAAUAAUGUAGUUAAAAGUACUGGUCAAUUUCAUCCAGGUAAAGGUGAUACUGGUAAUACCAACGAUUCAAAUGCUAGUUCACGAAAUACACUCCAGCCAAUCGCUUGGACUGUUUUUGCUAUUUCUUGCUUUAUCUUCAUCAUCUUCUGGGCUCUUUGGUAUAAAGUGAAGCGAAACAAUGUUAUGUUACCAAUGUCCAAGUAAAAGUAUUGACCAUUACUUUUUCUUUCUCUUUCUUUCUCUCUCUCUCUCUUUUUCUUUUCAAAUUGCUAUUGUCUCUAUUAUAAAUAUUGUAAAUUAGAAUUUAAAACGCAAAAAUAUUGUAACUUAAUUCUGUCUUAAUUGUAAAUAGUAAAUGAGAAAAGAAAAUAACUAAAUCAACAAACAAUAACAACUUUGUAAACACCUAUUGUGAUGUAAUGAGAAUAAGACAAAACAAAAAAUUGAAGAAAAAAAAUAUUUCCAUUUAUAUAAAAUUCAACUUAAAUUAUAACAAUUAAAGAUUGUACAUAAAAUUGAUUUACAA